AUGGGCCAGAAAAGUAGCAAAGUGCAAAUAACUAAGACGGAUAGGGCAAUUUUAGAAGUCAAACGAUCUAAGGAUGAAAUUCACAAAUUUACCAGAAGGACAGACAGCUUGAUACAAGUAGAAAAAUACCAAUUGAAAGAGUUGAUACGAGCUCAUCCUAAAAACUACAAAUCGAAUAUUAAGGUGCGGUUCUUAUUGAAAAGAAUUCAUUAUCAAGAGCACCUGUUGCAACAAGCUUCAGAUCAGCUCAUUAAUUUGGAAAACAUGAUAUCAACACUAGAAUUCAAAAUGGUGGAAACACAGUUUAUCAAUGGGCUGAGAAACGGUAAUGAAAUAUUGAAAAAAUUGAACAAAGAAUUUAGCAACGUUGAUGAACUAAUGGACGAUGUGCAGGACCAAAUAGCAUACCAAAAUGAAAUUAAUGAAACACUAUCUAGAAGUAUUGUUGGAGCAAAUGACUAUGAAGAUGAGUUAGAUAAAGAAUUAGAUGCACUAGAAAUGGAGGUCAAUACAAAGGAAAAGAAGGACAAGGUAGAAGCAGCCAAUUUGCCGUCAACAGAAGGGUUGCCAUCGCUGUCUAAAGAAGAACAAACUGACCAUAAAGAAAGGGAAGAGCUUAUUCAAGAUAGGAAGGGAAACAGCAAGGAACCUGUAGCAUUAUUGUCCUAG